CGUUCAACAAAUAUGGAAUGGAUCUCCCUUCCAUGUUAAAUGGUCUCGGCUGGAGUUCCUUGGUAGAAGACAACGUUUCAGCUUUUGUCCUGAAGCAGUCAGGAUGUUCUAUGUGAACAUCAAGAGGGGGCCUGGUCCUGAACCAUUGUUCUUCACUACCGUGGUUUACAAUCACAAAAUCAGGGUGACGCCUGAUCUUCUUGGGUUUGUUCUUUCGCUCCCUCACUCCGGGCUUCAAGCAAGCUUUGAUGGGGAGUUUCAUGCUCUAGGUUUCGACCUCUUAGGCUCUGUGUCCCAACUUACCUAUGAUACCGGUCGGUAUUUUCCCCAUCAUCUGGCCGCCGGUCGACUCCCUGAUGAUUUAAAAGUGUUCCACUGGUUUAUCACCAGAUGCUGGCUCCCACGUGACUUGCGUAGCUCCGAUGUGCUCCACCCGACGGAUCUCUGGAUCCUGUCGAACGCACGAGCUCAUCAACCCAUUAGUUUUGCAUCUCUGGUCUUCAGACACAUGAUACGUUUUGGAGAUGGAAACUAUAGUGGGAAUCUGCCAUUUGGUCCUUUCAUCACGCGCCUCCUAUAUAGGUUGCACUUCGACUUACGUGACAAAGUAACCCUAUGCAAUGUGCUCGAGGAUUUGAGACCGAAUCACAUUCUCGUUCUUCUGGAUGUUGAUGUUGGUCAUCGUAAGCUGGUCACUGGCUUAGGGGGAGGAGCUGGUAGUUUUCCUGCCAGUUCAGAGGAAACCUCCCUUGAUCAGGUCCCAGCGCUGGUUCCGGCGUUGAUCAGUGCUGCCGUUUCGGCUAUUGAUGCUGAAGUUCUGAAAAUCAAAACUUCUGGGACAGAUCAAGAUGACUUGAGUAGAACCUCGAUUAGGUUGAUGGUGUGCAAGGAACGGCUGGAACUUAUGCAAGCAUCUCAAGGUGAUCUGGAGGAUGAGGCUGUGCCUGCUCCAGAGAACUUUGAUCCUAUGUCCUCGGAUUCUGAGAAUGAUGAUGACAUUUCAGACUAUGAGUCUCCACUGAAAUACCCCUUUUAGGAGAGAUGUCUUUAGCUUAAGGAGAGCAGUCUUGGUCAAAUAAGUGUGUAGUGUCAGUUAGUAUUGUCGUUGUUGGUUGAGUUUGCAAUGUUAGUCUGUUGGCUCUGUAGUCACUUGGUCAAUUGAGUCAUGUGUUGUAAUUUCCUCGAAUGCAAUGAAAAUAAAAGUCUCCC